CCAGCUACUGCCUCCCAGGACCUUUACAUGUGACAGGAAAAGCUGUUUCCACUACUAGGAGUAAAGACCAGUAAAGACAAAGCAGGAUGAAAAGAUGGCUGACUUCUUGUUACCACCGGGUACUAACAGCUUCCACCGGUUCACGCCCGAGUCCUUGGCUGCCAUCGAGAAGCGAAUCGCAGAGAAGCUCGCCAGGAAUGCCAAGCAGGAAUACAGAGAGCAGCUGGGCGAGGAAGAGAAACCUCAGCCUCAGUUUGACUUGCAAGCUUGCAAGAAGCUGCCUGAUAUCUAUGGGACUGUUUCUCCAGAGCUCAUUGGGGAGCCCUUGGAGGACAUCGACCCUUUCUACAAUGAUCGUAAGACAUUUAUAGUACUGAACAAAGGGAAGACAAUCUUUCGAUUUAGUGCCACUCCUGCCUUGUAUAUACUUAGUCCUUUCCAUCCAAUCAGAAGAGCAGCAAUUAAAAUUUUGGUACAUUCAUUGUUCAGUAUGUUUAUUAUGUGCACUAUUUUAACGAAUUGUGUGUUCAUGGCACAAUCAGAGACUCCAUCAUGGAAUAAAUAUGUUGAGUACACUUUCACUGGCAUUUACACUUUUGAGUCAUUGAUAAAAAUAUUGGCGAGAGGAUUUUGCAUGACAGAAUUCACCUUCCUUCGGGAUCCAUGGAACUGGCUGGAUUUCAGCGUUAUUGUUAUGGCAUACAUAACUGAAUUUGUGGACCUGGGCAAUGUCUCAGCCUUACGAACGUUCAGAGUACUGCGGGCGCUGAAAACAAUCUCAGUCAUUUCAGGACUGAAGACCAUUGUAGGGGCACUUAUCCAGUCUGUUAAGAAACUUGCAGAUGUGAUGAUCCUGACCGUUUUCUGCUUGAGUGUCUUUGCCCUCAUAGGCCUCCAGCUCUUCAUGGGCAACCUGAGACACAAAUGUGUCAGGGAUUACACCAUGUUUAACUUCACCAAUGGCUCCUUGUACUUGGAUGGCAGGACGUGGAACAACUCAGAGGAAUUUCUUAGUGAUCCAGUGAACUAUUUCAUAAAAAACGGUACAGAAGAUGUGUUACUAUGUGGCAACAGCAGUGAUGCUGGCACGUGCCCUGAGGGAUAUAUAUGUCUGAAGGCUGGGGAAAAUCCUGACCAUGGUUACACAAGCUUUGAUACUUUUGGCUGGGCCUUUCUCUCCUUGUUCCGUCUUAUGACUCAGGAUUACUGGGAACGUCUUUACCAACAGACCCUCAGAUCUGCUGGGAAGAUCUACAUGCUGUUUUUCAUGCUGGUCAUCUUUCUGGGCUCGUUUUACCUGAUCAACCUGAUUCUGGCUGUUGUGGCCAUGGCAUAUGAGGAGCAGAACCAAGCCACUAUUGCUGAAACAGAGGAGAAGGAAAGAAAGUUUCGGGAAGCCAUGGAGAUGUUGAAGAAAGAGCAGGAGGCACUAGCAGCUAAAGGAAUCGAUUCAAUGUCCCUCAGCUCAUUGGAAAUGUCACCUAAAAGUGCAAAAGAAAGAAGAAAUAAGAGAAAGAAAAAGAAAUCUUUGGGGGCAGAUGAAUAUGGGGAAGACCAAAGGAAUCCCAAGUGUGACUAUGAUGAUGGUCAAAGGAGGAUGACUCUCCUUGGCAUUAGUUAUGGUCCCAGUGCAAACUUGGUGAAGCGCAGAACCAGCCACGGAAGCGUUUUCAGUUUCCGACUCCGUGGCAGAGACACUUGCUCCGAGACAGAUUUUGCCGAUGAUGAGAUCAGCAUCGCUGGGGAAAAUGAAAGCCACCGGGGCUCUCUCUUAAUUCCAAGAUCUGGGAGGCGUCCAAGCGUGCAAAGUCAAGUGAGCCAUAGUUCUCACCCUACUACUCCCAACUACACCCAGACGGGCAAAAGGAACAGCUCAGUGGAUUGCAAUGGUGUGGUUUCCCUGAUAGGAGGAGGCACCGGGGCACUCAACCCAGACCCUACUUCUCCUGCAGGGUUACUGCUCCCCCCAGUUAUUAUGGAAAAGCCUGGGACAGGCAACCUGAGCUUCAGAAUCCAUAACACCAAAGAUCACCACAAUGACAAUAUGUUCCUGAGAUUUGGCAGUGUUUCAGAACAAGGAAAAACAUGUGUUGGGGAGUCAGUUUGCUUGACCUCCCCCUCCGACGAGGCAAGCAAGAAACAGCUUUUAAUGCCCCACCGGCCCUCAGUGGACCACUCAGAUGAGCCCUUUCAGAGGCAGAGGGCAGUGAGUGCCGUCAGCAUCAUCACCAGUGCCCUGGAAGAGCUUGAGGAAUCGCACCAGAAAUGUCCUCCCUGCUGGAACCACUUUGCUGUUAAAUUCCUCGUUUGGGAUUGCUGCCCACUUUGGCUUUUAAUCAAGAAAUGUGUCAAGUUUGUGGUAAUGGACCCGUUUACCGACCUCACCAUCACCCUGUGCAUUGUGCUGAACACGCUCUUCAUGGCCCUGGAGCAUUACAAGAUGACCAAGGAGUUUGAGCACAUGCUGUACAUAGGCAAUUUGGUCUUCACUGGGAUUUUUACAGCAGAAAUGAUCUUCAAAGUAAUUGCCCUUGACCCUUACUACUAUUUCCAACAGGGCUGGAAUAUUUUUGACAGCAUAAUUGUUAUUCUAAGCCUGAUGGAACUGGGUUUGUCCAGCAUGGGAAACCUAUCUGUUUUACGCUCCUUUCGACUGCUGCGAGUCUUCAAGUUGGCAAAGUCCUGGCCCACCUUAAAUACUCUCAUUAAAAUCAUUGGUAACUCAGUGGGUGCCCUCGGUAACCUCACUCUCGUGCUGGCCAUCAUCGUCUUUAUUUUUGCCGUGGUAGGAAUGCAGCUCUUUGGGAAAAGCUACUUGGACAAUGUGAAGAAGAUAAGCACGACUGGCAAUCUGCCACGGUGGCACAUGAACGACUUCUUCCACUCGUUCCUCAUCAUCUUCCGAAUUUUGUGUGGAGAGUGGAUCGAGACCAUGUGGGACUGUAUGGAAGUAGCUGGGCAGCCACUGUGCCUUCUCGUCUUCUUGCUUGUCAUGGUGAUAGGAAACCUGGUGGUGCUCAACCUGUUCCUUGCCUUGCUGCUGAGCUCCUUCAGUGCCGACAACCUCUCAGCCCCGGACGAGGACGGGGAGAUGAACAACCUGCAGCUCGCUUUCGCCCGCAUCAACAGGGGCCUGCAGUACGCCAAAAAAGCCGCCUGGAACUUCUGCUGCCACGUCCUCCGGCACCCCAAGACCACAGCUGAGAAGAAGGCCAUGAUGAAACUCGUUGCCCAGAACCCAGGAGCCCUCAACAACUGCGUGAACAGCCACACCGCGGCCGAGCUCGGCAAAGACGCGGAGAACCACAAGGAGAACCGUGCUGAGGAUGGAGUGACUAGAAAUGGAGAGAAACACCCAGCAAUUACGGAUGAUGAUUUUAUGACCAAUCCUGACCUGUCCAUUUGUGUUCCUAUUGCUGUGGGUGAGUCAGAUAUCGAGGAGGAGGAUGAGGAGCAGAGCACCUUUACAGAAAUGGAGCAGGAUUAUUUCCAGCAGGAAAAGCAGCUGCAGCUGAGGGGGCAGCGAUGCCAAAGCCCAGGCGUCCGGAGUCAGAACUCUGAGAUUUAUGAAGAGUUAAGUGAGUUGCACGUGGAUAAGCAGUUGAAGGCUGAGCCACCACCUCCAGUAGGGCAAAAAGAGCUUGAUGAAAUCAGUCUUUCUGAAGGCAGCACAGUGGAUUUGACAAACCCUGCAGAAUUGCUGGAGCAGAUCCCCGAGUUUGCUGAGGAGCUGAUGGAGCCUGAAGAUUGCUUCCCUGAAGUCUGUGUGCGAUUCUUCCCAUGCUGUUCAGUGGACAUCACAAAAUUUCCAGGCAAAAUUUGGUGGAGGCUGAGAAAGACCUGCUACAGAAUCGUGGAGCACAACUGGUUUGAAACAUUCAUCAUCUUCAUGAUCCUGCUGAGCAGUGGAGCCCUGGCCUUUGAAGAUAUUUACCUUGAAGAUCGAAAAAACAUAAAAACCAUGCUGGAAUAUGCUGACAAAGUAUUCACUUACAUCUUUGUUCUGGAGAUGCUCCUGAAGUGGGUGGCUUAUGGCUUCAAGAAGUAUUUCACCAAUGCCUGGUGCUGGCUGGACUUCCUCAUUGUAGAUGUCUCUUUAAUCAGCCUGGUUGCCAGCACUCUUGGAUACUCCGAGAUGGGUCCCAUCAAAUCCCUGCGGACCCUCCGUGCCCUGCGGCCACUGAGAGCCUUGUCACGGUUUGAGGGGAUGAGGGUGGUGGUCAAUGCCCUUGUGGGAGCCAUCCCCUCCAUCAUGAAUGUUCUGCUCGUCUGCCUCAUCUUCUGGCUCAUCUUCAGCAUCAUGGGAGUGAACCUCUUUGCUGGGAAGUUUGGGAAGUGCAUUAAUAAGACAGAAGGAGAUAUGCCUUUGGACUCUAAGAUUAUUAACAACAUGAGUGACUGCAUACUUUACAACGUGUCAGGCAACUUUUACUGGACAAAAGUUAAAGUUAACUUCGAUAAUGUUGGUGCUGGGUACCUGGCUCUGCUGCAAGUGGCCACAUUUAAGGGCUGGAUGGAUAUUAUGUAUGCAGCAGUGGAUUCAAGAGAGUGCGAGGAGCAGCCUGAAUGGGAAUGUAAUUUAUACAUGUACCUUUACUUUGUGAUUUUCAUCAUCUUCGGGUCUUUCUUCACAUUGAACCUCUUCAUUGGUGUCAUCAUUGACAAUUUUAACCAACAAAAGAAAAAGAUAAGUGGCCAGGACAUCUUCAUGACAGAAGAACAGAAGAAAUAUUAUAAUGCAAUGAAAAAGUUGGGAUCUAAGAAACCUCAAAAGCCAAUCCCAAGGCCACUGAACAAAUACCAAGGUUUUAUUUUCGACGUCGUCUCAAAACAAGCCUUCGAUGUCUCCAUCAUGAUUCUCAUCUGCCUUAACAUGGUUACCAUGAUGGUGGAAACAGAUGACCAAAGUCAAGAAAAAGUGAACAUCCUCCACAAAAUCAACAUGCUCUUUGUUGCCAUCUUCACCGGAGAGUGCAUCUUCAAAAUGCUGGCUCUGCGACACUACUACUUCACCAACGGCUGGAACAUUUUUGACUUUGUGGUUGUGAUUCUGUCCAUCGUAGGCACCGUACUUUCUGACAUCAUCCAGAAAUAUUUCUUCUCUCCCACACUCUUCAGAGUCAUUCGUUUGGCUCGGAUUGGCCGGAUCCUGAGACUCAUCCGGGGAGCCAAAGGAAUUCGAACUCUCCUCUUUGCCUUAAUGAUGUCCCUUCCUGCUCUGUUCAACAUUGGCCUCUUGCUUUUUCUGGUCAUGUUCAUUUAUGCCAUUUUUGGCAUGGCUAACUUUGCCUAUGUGAAGAAGGAGUAUGGGAUUGAUGACAUGUUCAACUUCCAAACCUUUGCUAACAGCAUGCUCUGUCUCUUCCAAAUCACCACGUCAGCUGGCUGGGAUGGUCUUCUCAACCCUAUUUUAAACACUGGACCACCGUAUUGCGACCCAAACCUUCCCAAUGCAAAUGGUUCAAAGGGAGACUGCGGGAGCCCUGCCGUAGGGAUUUUAUUCUUUGUCACAUAUAUCAUUAUAUCAUUUCUCAUUGUUGUAAACAUGUAUAUAGCCAUUAUUUUAGAGAACUUCAGUGUAGCCACUGAGGAAAGUACAGAGCCUCUAAGCGAGGAUGAUUUUGAUAUGUUCUAUGAAAUCUGGGAGAAGUUUGACCCCGAAGCCACUCAGUUUAUUGAGUAUUCUGCACUUUCAGACUUUGCAGACGCCCUGUCAGAACCUUUGCGCAUAGCGAAACCAAACAAAAUCAAACUCAUAGCGAUGGACCUGCCCAUGGUCAGUGGAGACAGGAUCCAUUGCUUGGAUAUUUUGUUUGCUUUUACAAAAAGGGUGCUAGGAGAAUCCGGAGAGAUGGAUGCCCUUAAAAUACAGAUGGAAGAGAAGUUCAUGGCAGCCAAUCCCUCUAAGAUCUCCUACGAGCCGAUAACAACGACGCUCAGGCGGAAACAAGAAGAGGUCUCCGCCAUCGUCAUCCAGAGGGCCUACAGGAGACAUUUGUUCCGGCGCUCCCUGAAGCAGGCAUCCUACUUGUACCGGCACAGAACUUUGGAGAGCAGCAUCCUGGAGGACGAUGCGCCCGAGAAGGAGGGUCUCAUUGCGUUCAUGAUGAACGAAAACUACGGCAGGCCAAUAGACAAAUCAGAAACUCUGUCCUCCACCUCUUUCCCUCCAUCCUACGACAGCGUCACCAGAGGCACGAGUGAAAACCUCCAGCUGAAGAUAACGGACGUGAGCAAAAGUGAUGAGGCUAUAGAUUGUCUUCUCUCACCCGACAAGGAUAAAGAAUCAAUUGUUUAAAUGUUUGUUUAGAAUGCUUUAAAACAUUGUUUACAGAAUGUAAUGCUGUAACUACACAACGAUUGAAGCAGCCUUCUUAUUAAAAAUUAGUUGCAAAAGAAACAGUGGAGUUUUUACCCUUAACUACAGGAGUCUAAGAAGUCAUAUAACAUUUGACCCUGCUCUUUUUGACUUGGCUCAAUAUUUAUAUUUAUAUAUGCACAGGAAGAUUCUCUGCAGGGUCAUAGCUGUUAUAUCAAUGGUGUGAAUAAGAAUAGGCUAGACUGUAAAGCAGUAAACACAGUGUAUAUCUAUCCACAGAUAAAGCCUGGCUGUAUACAUUCAUUUAAGGUCUUACUCAUAUUAGUGUGUUUACUUAUGGCGAUGUAUGACCUUGCAUUCUAAAAAGAAAAAAAAAAAAAUCACAGCUGCUGUAGCAAAAUGUAACACUUACUGUAUAUGUUGUGAAUGGUCUUUCAUAAAUUUAUUAUAUUUGAUAUUUUUUUACUUAAAAAAAAAAAGAAGUCUCUUUUUCCAUGGAGAUUAAUGAUCAUUACACUCUUCAUGACGAACUCUGAGUCAAGGUAAUAGAAACUUGUGGGAUCCCCAUCACUUGAAGAGGAAAGUUGUUGCAAAUUGAAGUAUCAAAUUAGCAACAUUUAAACUGUUGGUUAUACUAAGCCCUCCCUCUCGGGACUUGCAACUGCACAUCAGCAGAAACACACACAAAAGAAAAAAAAAAAAACCAAAAAAAAAAAAACAAAACAAAAACAAAAAACAAAACAACAAAAAACAGAGAAGCAAAUGAUGUCAAAAUAAUGAGAGAAAUGGCUUGUUCUAUCCUUCAGGAAACUAGACAAUAAUGGAUUCUGUUUGUAAAACUGUUAA